AUGACCGCAGCGAAACAUCCCACGCGCAAUAUCAUCGUUGUUGGAGGCGGCAUCGUGGGCUCGAGCAUCGCCUACUAUCUCUCCAAGGCGGUGGCAACUACAGCGACACGAGCAGCGACCAAGAUCACCCUCAUCGAAGCUUCCGCAGCACCUGCACCCGGCGCAUCGGGAAAGGCUGGUGGCUUUCUCGCUCUUGACUGGCAUGGGCCUGCAACAGCGAGCUUAGCCAAGCUGAGCUUCAAUCUGCAUCGCUCACUGGCAGACCAGGAUGGUGGGCAAGAGAAAUGGGGUUAUCGAGAGGUCGAGACAUGGCAGGUCCACAUCGAUUCGAAACUCAAGGAAAGGCCAAAAAAGGCGAAGUCCGUCAUCAGCUGGCUUGACCAAGAAAUUGUACGCUCCACUUCGAACAUGGGUGGUGGUGGCACAACCGCCCAAGUUCACCCUGCUCAACUGACACAGCAUCUGGUCGACGAGUCGCAAAGAGGUGGCGUGCAAGUUAUGUUUAAUUCUCGAGCCACUGGCUUGCACUUCAACGACGAUCGGCAAAUUGACAAGCUCGAGGUCACAGACACCCGAUCAGGAGACACCAGGACGCUCGAUGUGGAUGACCUUGUGAUUGCAGCGGGGCCCUGGACAGGGUCGCUGAUCACCCAACUGUUCCCUCGAAACUUACUGCCUGCGCAUCUCAAGUCGGCAUCCUCAAUCGACGGGUCCCGGGCUCACAGCAUUGUGAUUGAAUCUCAUAAGCCUUUGUCAGCGGACUGCCUGUUUACCGACAUGUCUUACGGCCCUGGUGGUCGCAAGGCAGGAGCACCGGAGCUCUACUGUCGUCCUGACGGCACUGCAUACGUAUGCGGUGGCUCCGACGAUGCUCCUUUGCCCGAAACCGCUGAUGAAGUGGAAUUCGACGACACCAAGGUUGCUUCGCUCAUGGAACAAAGUGCGGUUCUUUCACCCUCUUCGUUGGAUGUCGACGCAGGAGCUACCUUGCUUGCAAAGCAAGCGUGCUAUCUUCCGAUCAGCAACAGAACUGGCAAUCCCAUCAUUGGGGGGAGAGAUGGCGUGUAUAUUGCUGCUGGUCAUUCGUGCUGGGGCAUUACUAACUCGUUGGGAACGGGUAAGGCGCUUUCAGAGUUGAUACUUGAUGGCAAGGUCCACAGCGCCGACAUUCGGGGUUUGAUGCCCUAA